AUGGCAACUCAUAUUUGGAGCAUUCUCACUAAACGUAAGUCGCUUUGGGUUGACUGGGUGUAUGAUUACAGGUUGAAAGGCAAGAGUUUUUGGGUAUGUAAAAUGCCUGCUAAUUGUAGCUGGAGUUGGCGAAUGCUCCUUCAGCUAAGGCCUUUGAUGCGGGAUCAUUUCAGGGUUCAAAUCGGGGAUGGGAGAAUGACUUCAGCCUGGUAUGAUUCGUGGUCCGAUGUGGGGCCGCUGGGCAAUUUCAUUUCUCCUAGGAGAAUAACAAAUGCAGGGUUUCGUUUGGAGGACUCGGUUGCGGACGUUUUUGAUAAUGGGGAGUGGCUAUGGCCAGCCGCGUGGUGGGAUAUCUUUCCGGUCCUUAUACAACUUGAUCCGAUCCAGUUAAGUCCUAAUAAAAGAGAUACAAUCAAAUGGAAGGAUGGGAAUACGAUGUUGGAGGUAUCUGCUUCGAAUAUGUGGCAAACGGUUCGACAUAAUGAAGCGGAAGUGGAUUGGAGCAAGUUAGUUUGGUGUGCUAAAUGUAUUCCUAGGCAUGCGUUUCUCAUGUGGCUGAUUAUGAGGAAGAAAUUGCUAACCCAAGACAUUAUUCUACAGUGGGAUUUAUCUCGCAGGAAGAAUAUGAAUAUGAUGUGUUGCUUGCUUUGUUAUGAAAAUCAUGAUUCUCACAAUCACUUAUUUUUUGAGUGCAAGUACUCAUCGAAAAUAUGGAGUACGGUUAGACAAAAAGUGGGUAUGGAAGAUGUUGAUCCAAAGUGGGAUGAUGUGGUGGGAUGGCUUUUGAUGCGUGUUAACUCCAAAGCGGCCGGUAUGUAUGUCAGCAGGAUUUUAGUAGCGGCUACUGCUUAUUUUAUUUGGCAAGAAAGAAACUCUAGAUUAUUCAAGAAUCAGUUAAGACCUCCGGAGCAAUUGUGUCAAGUAAUAUUGGAUACGGUUCGGUAUAAACUCAUGGGAGUUCGGUUGAAGAGAACUGAUAGAGUGGCAACGCUGUUGCAGGAUUGGGAUAUUCAUGAUGAUGGAUUCGAAGGUGGCUGA